GAGGGCAGAUCAGUAUGCGACCGGCAACACCGGCGAGGAUACCAGGAUAUAACCUGGUAGCAGUUUGAAAUCUGGCAUCGUUUUUGCCUCAUCGUGUUUGUCCCUCAAUCAAAUUCCACCUGUUAAAAAUUUAAACAUUCCAUAUAAUCAAACUUUAAUUUAAAUAUAUCUAUAUUUAAUUCUAAAACAAAAAAAAAUUUACAUUAGAUUUGUAAUCUUUAAAAAAAAACGAGUAAAAAAAAUUCGAUAAAAACUAAAAGUGAAGACCAAAGGAUCUAUUUAUAUUUUUAUAUCAGUGUUUAAAAAUUUUUUGUUUUGUUUGUGAAGUGUCACAAUGACGAUAAAAAAAGGAAACGUGGCUAAAGGUAAGGGUAAAGAUGUAUCAAAAAAUAAAAAUGAAGUCACAUCCUCAACUUCUAAAUCUUCAAUGACGGAUUUAACACGCAAGAGUUCAACUUCAUCCAUGAAACACGAAGUUGUAUCCUCAUCAUCAACAGUCCAAGAAUCAAAAAAUGUCACAGCAUCCGAAAAGCGUACAAACACCGUCGAAAUGUCAAGUUCAAGUCGAGAAAUAAUAAUGGACGCUGAUGGAAAAAUAAUCAAAGUUAUUGAAAAUAAACCCCAAAAAACAGUCCAAACAGCUUCCACUUCAAGAUCAGGAAAAUCAUCUCAAGAUCUAAUAGCUGAUGAACAGAGACAAUUAUUAAAAGAGAGAAAAGAAAUUGAGAGAGCAAAUAUUCUUCAAGAUCAAAAAAUCACAUCAACUGGACAGAGUCACAUUCAUGAAUCAGAGAUCAAUAAAUCUUUCGACACAAAUCAAAUUUUUGAUUCAAGUCAAAAUUUUGACACUAGUCAUCAUCAUUAUCAUCCGUCAAGUUAUUCAAGAUCAAUGGAGAGUAGCGAAUCAAAAAGAAUCGUCACAGAAGGUCAUACCACCAAGGACGGUCAAAUGAUCAUCAGUACAAUAAAAAUCGAUCAAUCGGAUCAAAAGUUUGACGAUAAUGGAAAAGUCACAUCAACAACAUGUCACAAUAUCGACAGUGACAUAACAAUUGAUAAACGAUCAAUGGACGACAAAAAGAAAAGCGAUCGAUUAAAACUUGGCGAUUCAACAUGGGAUGGAAAAUUUGUCUAUGAAAAACCAGUGGCAAAAGAUAGAUCAAUAAAAAUCAAUCAAAAAUCAAAUAAUGACGAACGAUUUUCAAGUUCUAGUAUACAUGAACAAACAUCUGAAUCAAAACAAGAGAAUUUCACAUCGUUGAAAGAUUUAAAAGUUUCAUCAACGGACACAACUGAUUUUGCAAGAAGAAGAGAUUCUGAGAGAUUAGAUCACAGUCCAGUUCGUUACACGAAACCUGGCGACUCAACGUGGGAUGGGAAAUUUAUUUUCGAGAAACCUGAACCAAAAAAGAAGACAGUGUCCUAUGAUCUUCGUGAUUCAGAUUCCACGAGAUUUACAACUGAGAAGAAAAUCGACAUUCGAGAUGGUCAGGAAACUAAUAUCAAAAGUAUCAUUCGAGAUUCACCAUCUCCUACAAGAAGAGUCACAAAACCUGGUGAUUCCACAUGGGACGGUCAUUUUGUUUACGAGAAACCAAAAGACGUGACAGUUGUACGAAAAACGGAGAAAAGAAAUGAUUCCGUUGAGGUUCAAGACGUGACUGAAGAUGUUAAUCUCAUGGAAUCGGCCUCGUCAUCAUAUAUUAUUGAAUACAAUACCGAGGGUGAUAAGAAAAUCGAAAAAGUAACUUCCGUCUCGGAUGUAAUCAUUGAAGAAGAUGAUGGACCAAGUCCAAGAAAACCAAAAGAACAGCCAAGAACCUAUCGCCUUGGAGACUCAGCUUGGGAUGGUAAAUUUGUCUAUGAAAAACCAUUUUCCCCUCAUAAACGACCAUCAGACAUUCGAAGAGUCGAUAGAAGAUCGGAAACUGUCGAUAUCAGAGAAGUCACUGAAGAUAAUUCGAUCAACGAAGCUGAUAUCUUAACCACAUCCUAUGUGAUUGAAGACACAUCAAGUGAGAAAAAUUUCAUUAUUGAUGAUCAAAGACCUAAAAAUGUGAAAACAAUUUUCGUAGAAGUUGAAGGUCAAGAUUAUCCAAAACGUCCUCAAAGUCCCGAAAAGUCACGAAUAACAAAACCGGGUUCAUCAACCUGGGAUGGAACUUUCAUCAUGGAAAGAAGUCCAGAAACAAAAAGAACUGCAUCUCCGGAUUAUAAAUCAAAAUUUCCUGAUUCUAAACCCAAUGAAAAAGAAAGAGAUUUUGGAAGUAAAUAUGAUCAACGAAAAUUGGAACCUAUUAGAAAGAAGAAUAUAAGUGAUACUACUCUCGAUUUGACAGAUGAUGAAGUUGUAAGAUCAUCCUUCAUCAUUCAAAAAUCAUCAACACAUGAAAGCUACUCCGAUUCACAGAAUGUUGAUUUCUCAACAACCUCAGUUGAAACUGUCGUUAUUCAAGAUGGACAAAACAUAACUGACGAUCAUCCCAUAAAAUUCCUCACCACCGAAACUCUAAAAGAUUUCAGGGGACCGAGUGAUCAAAAGAAACCAACUGAUCAAGAUCGAAAAAAGCCAAUUGUUGAUCAACGACGACCAUCGAGUCCAGAAAAGCGAAUUCCAACUCCCGAGGAAAGAUCAAUUCGACCUUCCAAGCCUGGAUCAUCCACCUGGGAUGGAUCAUUCACAUACGAAAAGCCAGAUCAGAAAAAACCCAAAAAAUCCGAACCGAAAAAAGAGGAUACAAAACCUGACAGAAAACCAAAUUUGGAUGUUAGAAAAUAUUCCACGGACAUCACUGAUCAAACUUCGAAAUUUGAUUUUUCAAAUACAUCAUCAUUCACUGUGGAAAAAUCCUCAACAAUUGAAUCCAGAACAUUUGAUUCUUCCAAUAUUUCAACUACAAUAACUGAUGAAAAACAAAGAAAAGAAGGCCCCGAACCGAAACCACGUCCAAGAACUGAUUAUAAAUCACCUGAUAAUCAAAAACCAUCUGAAAUUUUGAAAUCACCGGAUGAUAAAACAAGUCCAGAUAGAUCAUUACGUCCAACAAAACCGGGUUCCUCUAAUUGGGAUGGUUCGUUUGUCUAUGAGAAACCACAAGAAAAGAAGCCGAAAGAUUCGAAGAAACCGGAUGAUGAUAAAAAAAUUCCCAACGACAGAACAACAAUUAAAAAGCCAAAGGACAACAUACCUGAUAAUAAUUUUGAUCGAAGAUCUUCAAUAACUAAAGACAUAAUUAGUACCACUGAUGUCAUUGACACUCACGAUAUUAUUUCCGAUAGUAACGUAACUGUUACGUCAGACGUUGUGCAACAAUCUUUUGUCAUUGAAAAAUCAUCAAGUUUCACUGAAGUUCAAGAUUUUCGGAAUGUUGUCGAAGAUCGUGUCAUUAGCGAAUUCACAAAGGACAUUCGUCAGGAUCAGAGAGAUGUCAGCAAGUCAACGAGAGAAUUUGUCAAUCACGAACAGUUUAAUAGUAUGGUAGCGCGAGAUGUCGUUGAUGACAAAAGAUUCGAAAAGAUCCCGACCUCCGGGCCGAGGUCGCCGAGCGAAUCGCCUCGAAAGGUCUCUCCAGAUCGACCCGGUUAUCCCCGAGGAAUUCCAAAUCUUCGAAGUGAUGACAAACCAAAAUCAAUUCCUGCCGCAGGAAAACCGAGUCGACCUCAACGUCGGGACGAAAGUCCUCGACGAGUUGGAGAUAAACCUGGACCAAGAAGACCCUCCGACACUAGGACCAAGUCACCGGAAAAAUCACGGGAUUAUGUUUCACCAACAGACAAAUUGCCGAGUAAAACAGAAAAGGAGCCAAAACCCCGAAGAGGUGAUCAAAGUCCUGAUUCAUUGGAAAAAGAAGAUAUCACCCCGCAAAAAGUCCCGGACGUUCUAGUUAAAAUCCCAUUAAAGGAACAAUGUAUUUGCGAAUUGUGUACCUGCGGACGUCAUCGUUGUCCUCAUAAUAACUUUCCCGAGGAUCAUCUGGAGAUACCUCAUGAUCAGCCAGUGUAUACUGUGACAUCAUACAAGAAUGAUUUUGAUGAAAAACAUGUUGAGAGGCAGACUUUUUAUCGUCAUGAGGAUCAUUUGCAUAUGGAAGGCGAUUUCCUUGGUGAAAGACGAACUGAUUACGUUGCAACUCGUGGCGAGAGACUUCCAAUCAAAAAGCCCGAAGACCAUCUUAAACCGGAAGGAGAUUUUAUCGGUCGUCCUAAGGAAGAAGCACCCAAGUAUGGCGAACGUGCUCCCGUUAAGAAGCCGCAAGAUAAUCUGAAACCAGAAGGAGAAUUUAUUGGCAGGCCCAAACAAGAAGCUCCAACUCACGGUGAACGAGCUCCUAUUAAAAAACCCGAGGAUAACUUACGUCCUGAAGGAGAAUUUGACAGUCUGACAACCACAGAGCUGGUUUUCACCGGGAUUUCCGGCGAAAGGCCAAGCCCUGCACGUCGCAACACCUACACAAAAGUCGAGGGAGAUUUCACCGACGAGACAACAUCACGUACUGAAUUCAUCGAUCAUCGAACUAUUCAACGUGCCGAGAUCAUCCGACAUGUCGAUAAUCUCACAGUUGGAGAGGGAGAAUUCACGGGAACCUCUCACGUGAAGGAAGACUUUCACACCUAUGAUCAAGUGGAGCGUGAACCAUAUCGUCGACCAACGACAUGGACCACAGAUGAAGUGGAUAAAUAUUACGGACGAACUGAUAUCACGGAAAAUUUAACAACAACUCAAGAGCAAUAUCACAAUUUCGAUCAUACGGAUUAUCGAAGUACACUCGUCAUUCGCAGGGAUGAUAAUUUAAAACCUGAGGGUCCUUUCGAAGGAAUACCAAAAUCAAAAGAAGAUUUCGUGCCUAUGAUCACUGAACGACCAACGCCACAAAAACCCAAGGAUAAUUUAAAACCCGAAGGUCCUUUUGAGGGAAAACCAAAAGAUGAUUAUAAACCAACGAAAGGUGAUCGUGCUGAUGUUAAAAGACCUCAAGAUAAUCUACGACCCGAAGGACCAUUCGAAGCAAGACCCAAGGAUGAUUAUAAACCUACCGUCGGUGAUCGAGCAGAAGUGAAAAAACCGCAGGAUAAUUUAAAAACCGAAGGACCAUUUGAAGGAAAACCGAAGGAUAAAUACACUCCAGCCGAAAAAAGAACGCCUUAUAAACCGGAAGACAAUCUACGUCCAGAAGGUGAAUUCGAAAGACCACAACCUCAACCCUAUGGACCAGGAGAUCGAGCACCGAUCGUACGUCAUCCUGAUAAUUUAUUCCCGAAAGGUGAAUUUCCAGAUCGUGAGCGUCAACCAUUCAAGCCAGCGGAACGUCGUACUCCCAUCAAACCUGAUGAUAAUUUACGACCUGAAGGCGAAUUUGAAAGACCACAACCUCAACCCUAUGGACCCGGAGAUCGAGCACCGAUCGUACGUCAUCCUGACAAUUUAUUCCAGAAAGGUGAUUUCCCUGAUCGUGAGCGUCAACCAUUCAAGCCAGCAGAACGCAGAACUCCCAUCAAGCCUGAUGAUAAUUUACGACCUGAAGGAGAUUUCGAAGGAAAACCGAAAAAUGAUUAUCAACCGAAACGUGCAGAACGACCGGAAGUUAAACGACCUGAAGAUAACUUGAAACCUGAGGGUACUUUCGAAGUGAGACCCAAGGAUGAUUACAAACCCACAAAAGGAGAUCGCGCCGAUGUCAAGAAACCCAAGGAUAAUCUAAGACCAGAAGGUCCAUUUGAAGGGAGACCAAAAGAUGAUUUCAAGCCUACAAAAGGUGAUCGAGCGGAAGUGAAAAAACCAGUGGAUAAUCUUAAACCCGAAGGUCCCUUCGAAGGACGUCCGAAAGAUGACUACAAACCGAAGAAAGCCGAUCGACCGGAAGUUAAAAAACCAAAAGAUAAUCUUCGACCAGAAGGUGAUUUUGAGGAUCGUCCGAAGGAUAAGUUUACUCCAGCUGAACGAAGAACGCCCUAUAAACCGGAAGACAAUCUUCGUCCUGAAGGUGAUUUCGAAAGGCCUCAACCUCAACCCUAUGGACCUGGAGAUCGAGCACCGAUUGUUCGUCAUCCUGAUAAUUUAUUCCCAAAAGGUGAAUUUCCAGAUCGUGAGCGUCAACCAUUCAAGCCAGCGGAACGCAGAACUCCUAUCAAACCUGAUGAUAAUUUACGUCCUGAAGGUGACUUCGAGAGACCACAACCUCAACCCUACGGACCCGGAGAUCGAGCACCAAUCGUACGUCAUCCUGACAAUUUAUUCCCAAAAGGUGAUUUUCCAGAUCGUGAGCGUCAACCAUUCCAACCUGCAGAACGCAGAACUCCAAUAAAACCUGACGAUAAUUUACGUCCCGAAGGUGACUUUGAGGGCAAACCGAAAAAUGAUUAUCAACCCAAACGUGCAGAACGACCAGAAGUUAAAAAACCUGAAGAUAACUUGAAACCCGAGGGAACUUUCGAAGUGAGACCCAAGGAUGAUUACAAACCCACAAAAGGAGAUCGCGCCGAUGUCAAAAAACCCAAGGAUAAUCUGAGACCAGAAGGACCAUUUGAAGGAAGACCGAAAGAUGAUUUCAAGCCUACAAAAGGUGAUCGAGCGGAAGUGAAAAAACCAGUGGAUAAUCUCAAACCCGAAGGACCCUUUGAAGGUCGUCCAAAAGAUGACUACAAACCGAAAAAAGCCGAUCGACCGGAAGUUAAGAAGCCGAAGGACAAUCUUCGACCCGAGGGUGAUUUUGAAGAUCGUCCCAAAGACAAGUUCACUCCAGCUGAACGUAGAACGCCAAUUAAACCCGAGGAUAAUCUUCGUCCGGAAGGUGAUUUUGAAAGACCUCAACCUCAACCAUAUGGACCCGGAGAUCGAGCACCGAUCGUUCGUCAUCCUGAUAAUUUAUUCCCGAAAGGUGAAUUUCCAGAUCGUGAACGUCAACCCUUCCAACCAGCGGAACGUCGUACUCCCAUCAAACCGGAAGAUAAUUUACGUCCAGAAGGUGACUUCGAGAGACCACAACCUCAACCCUGUGGACCAGGAGAUCGAGCACCGAUCGUACGUCAUCCUGAUAAUUUAUUCCCAAAGGGUGAUUUCCCAGAUCGUGAACGUCAACCCUUCCAACCAGCCGAACGUCGUACUCCCAUCAAACCCGAUGAUAAUCUCAAACCCGAAGGUGAUUUUGAAGACAAACCUCGAGAUAAAUUCAUUCCCGCUGAAAGACGUCAACCUAUCAAACAUCCGGACAAUCUACAACCCGAGGGUAAUUUCGAACGAUCAACACCUACACCAUAUGCACCUGGCGAUCGUGCACCAGUCGUUCGUCAUCCCGAUAAUCUCUUCCCUGAAGGUGAAUUCCCCGAUCGUGAGCGUCAACCAUUCAAGCCAGCGGAACGCAGAUCUCCUAUCAAACCCGAUGAUAAUUUACGUCCUGAAGGUGUUUUCCAGGGAAAACCCAAAGAUGAUUACAAACCAACGAAAGGUGAUCGACUUCCUGUUAAAAAGCCCAAGGACAAUCUCAAACCAGAAGGCACUUUCGAACGUCCAGAGAAAACACCUGUAAAACCAGCUGAACGUCGUUCUCCAAUCAAACAUCCCGAUAAUCUCAAACCCGAAGGCAAUUUCGAACGACCUGAUCAUGAAGAAUUCCAACCAGCCGAACGUCCUAAGGUUAAAAAGCCCAAGGAUAACCUAAAACCAGAAGGUGAUUUUGAUAGACCACAACCAGAAAAAUUCAGACCUGCUGAAAAACGAACGCCUAUAAAACAAAGGGAUAAUCUCAAACCAGAAGGUCCAUUUGAAGGGAAACCAAAAGAUGAUUUCAAACCGUGUCGUGGUGAACGAAUGGACGUGGUGAAACGUACUGAUAAUUUAUACCUUGAGGGCGAUAUCGAAACAUCUAGAACUCGUGAUGAUUAUACCGAUUUUCUCAUACGCGAAAGAGUUGAAGUUACACGUUACGAAGACAACUUGCGAAUGGAAGGUGAAUUUAUUGAUACAAGAACACGUGACGAUUUCAAAGUUGUGCGUGGUGAACGCGUUGAUAUUGUGAGACACGAGGACAAUCUCAAACCUGAGGGACCAUUCGAUGCACAACCAAAAGAUGAUUACACACCCAAACGAGUUGAUCGUCCAGAAAUUAAAAAACCACAGGACAAUUUGAAACCAGAAGGUGAUUUUGAACGACCUGAGCAAAAACCAUUUAGACCAGCUGAGAAGAGAAUACCAAUCAAACCUGAGGAUAAUCUUAAACCCGAGGGUGAAUUUACAGUACGACCAAAAGAAGAAGCACCGAAGAAAGGUGAUCGAGCAGAUAUUAAGAAACCUAAGGAUAAUCUCAAACCAGAAGGUACUUUUGAGCGUCCGGAAAAAUCACCAAUUGGUCCCAGCGAAAGACGUACGCCAAUUCGUCAUCCUGACAAUUUAAAACCCGAGGGUGAUUUUACUGAUCGUCCGAGAAAAGAAGCACCAACAAAGGGCGAUAGAGCUGAAAUCAAAAAGCCGAAAGAUAAUCUCAAACCAGAAGGUACUUUUGAACGUCCGGAAAAAUCACCAGUUGGUCCAGCUGAACGUCGAACACCAAUUCGUCAUCCUGAUAAUCUAAAACCGGAAGGAGAAUUCGAACGACCGGAACAUGAAGAAUUCAAACCAGCGGAACGUCCCAAGGUCAAAAAACCAAAGGACAAUCUAAAACCAGAAGGUGAUUUCAUCACUCGACCACGUGAAGAAGCACCCAAAAAGGGAGAUCGUGCUGAAGUAAAGAAACCUAGAGAUAAUCUAAAACCGGAAGGAACCUUCGAGCGACCAGAAAAAUCUCCAGUUGGUCCAGCAGAACGUAGAACUCCAAUUCGACAUCCAGAUAAUCUCAAACCCGAGGGAGAUUUCGAAAGACCGGAACAUGAAGCGUUCCGACCAGCGGAACGCCCGAAGGUUAAAAAACCCAAGGACAACCUCAAACCGGAAGGAGAAUUUACCGAUCGCCCGAGAAAAGAAGCACCAACUAAGGGCGAUAGGGCAGAUAUCAAGAAGCCCAAGGACAAUCUUAAACCAGAAGGAACAUUUGAACGUCCAGAAAAAUCACCCGUUGGUCCAGCUGAACGUCGAACACCAAUUCGUCAUCCUGACAAUCUCAAACCGGAAGGUGAUUUCGAAAGACCAGAACAUGAAGAAUUCAGACCAGCAGAACGUCCCAAGGUCAAAAAACCAAAGGACAAUUUAAAACCAGAAGGUGAUUUUGUCACUCGUCCUCGGGAAGAAGCACCGAAAAAGGGCGAUCGUGCCGAUGUGAAGAAACCUAGAGACAAUCUAAAACCGGAAGGAACAUUUGAACGUCCAGAAAAAUCUCCAGUUGGUCCAGCUGAACGUCGAACUCCAAUUCGUCAUCCAGAUAAUCUGAAACCCGAGGGUGAAUUUACAUGUCGUCCAAAGGAGGAAGCACCAAAACGUGGUGAUCGUGCAGAUAUCAAAAAACCCAAGGACAAUCUCAAACCAGAAGGUGAAUUCGAUCGACCUCAGAAAACAUCCGUGAAACCCGCUGAAAAACGCACACCGAUCAAAUAUGCUGACAAUCUAAAACCCGAGGGUCCAUUCGAAGGAAAACCAAAGAAUGACUACACAGUUGUUCGCGGUGAACGAGCUGAAAUUGUCAAACAUACCGAUAAUCUUCUCAUGGAAGGAGAUAUUCAAACAACACGAUCUCGCGAUGACUAUACAAAUUUCCUCGUUCAAGAGCGAGUUGAAAUAACCAAAUAUCAAGAUAAUUUACGAAUUGAAGGCGAUUUCACAGACACAAGAACUAGUGAUGACUAUCAAGUUGUCAGAGGCGAACGAAUCGAUAUUGUCAAACACGAAGAUAAUCUCCGACCAGAGGGUGAAUUUAUCCGACCUAAGAAAACACCAUUCGGACCAGCUGAACGUCGUACACCAAUAAAACCCGACGAUAAUUUGAAACCCGAAGGAGAAUUCAUUGGUCGACCGAAACAGGAAGCACCUAAAAAAGGAGAACGAGCGGAUGUGAAAAAGCCAAAAGACAAUCUCCAUCCCGAAGGAGAAUUCGAUAGACCUGUUAAAAAACCAGUUGGACCGAGUGAAAAGAGAACACCAAUCAGACAUCCAGAUAAUUUGAAACCCGAAGGUGAAUUCACCGGAAGACCGAGAGAUGAAUCGCCAAAGAAAGGUGAUCGUGCUCCUAUUAAAAAACCAACUGACAAUCUUCAUCCAGAGGGUGACUUUGAACGACCCACGAAAUCACCAAUUGGUCCUGGUGAACGACGAACACCAAUCAGACACGCAGACAAUUUAUUCCCUGAAGGUGAUUUCGAGAGACCAUCGAAAUCUCCAAUAACACCAGCAGAAAGACGAACACCAAUUCGACCAGAGGACAAUCUACAUCCUGAAGGUACGUUCACCGGAAAACCCAAGGACGAUUUCACUCCAAAACGUGCUGAUCGUCCUGUUCAAAAGAAACCCAAGGAUAAUCUUAAACCCGAAGGCGAAUUCACUGGAAAGCCAAAAGAUGACUACAAACCAACAAGAGGAGAACGAUCUCAGGUUGUCAUUCACAAGGAUAAUCUUCGAAUGGAGGGCGAAAUUGAAACACACCGGACUAGUGACGAUUACACAGUCACCAGAGGUGAUCGAGUCGAUGUUGUUCGUCACGAGGACAAUUUACGAAUCGAGGGUGAAUUCACCGAUAUUAGAAGACGUGACGAUUACAAUGUGACCAGAACCGAGAGAAUUGAAGUAGUUCGACACGAAGAUAAUCUACGACCCGAAGGUGAUUUCGAACGACCCGAAAAGAAACCAAUUGGUCCAGCUGAACGCAGAACACCCAUUAAACAUCCCGACAAUCUCAAACCCGAAGGUACAUUUGAUCGUCCAGAAAAGAGUCCCGUUGGUCCAGGAGAACGUCGUACACCAAUUCGUCAUCCCGAUAAUCUUAAACCAGAAGGAGAAUUUACCACUCGUCCGAGGGAAGAAGCACCGAAAAAAGGUGAUCGUGCUGAUAUUAAGAAACCCAAGGAUAAUCUCAAAACCGAAGGUACUUUUGAUCGUCCAGAAAAAUCACCAAUUGGUCCCGGCGAAAGACGUACGCCAAUUCGUCAUCCUGAUAAUUUGAAACCCGAAGGUGAAUUCAUCGAUCGUCCGAGAAAAGAAGCUCCGAAGAAGGGUGAUCGUGCUGAUAUCAAAAAACCCAAGGAUAAUCUCAAACCAGAAGGCACUUUUGAACGUCCAGAAAAAUCACCCGUUGGUCCUGGCGAAAGACGUACUCCAAUUCGUCAUCCCGACAACCUUAAAGUUGAAGGCGAUUUCGAAAAACCCUAUCGCACAGAAUACAUUCCAUCAGAACGACCUAAACAAAAGAAACCUCAGGAUAAUCUCAAACCCGAAGGUGAUUUUGAACGUCGUACUCCAUCCAAAGUUUCGCCAAGUGAGAAACGAACACCUUUCCGCCCCGAGGAUAAUCUUCAUCCCGAGGGUCAAUUCUACAUUGUACCCAAGGAUGAUUUCGUUCCAAAAAGAGCUGACAGGGCUCCAGUGCGAAAACCGGAGGAUAAUCUCAAAUCCGAGGGUGAUAUGCAAAUCAGAACCGCAUCACAGGACGAUUACAAAAAAUACACAAACGGAGCGGAACGCGUGGAAAUACGUCGUCACGAAGAUCAUUUACGAAUGGAGGGUGAAAUUGACGUCAGACGAUCGCGCGACGAUUACAAAAAUAUCACAAAAAUUGAUCGUAUCAAUGUUCGCAAACACGAGGAUAAUUUACGAAUAGAAGGUGAAUUUAUCGAUAUUCGACGAAAAGAUGACUAUCAACACGUGACUGGUGAACGUGCCUCAAUCAAACGACAUCCAGAUAAUCUCAAACCGGAGGGAACAUUCCAACGUCCUGAAAAAUCAUCCCCCAUUGGUCCAUGUGAACGAAGAUCUCCUAUCAAGCAUCCUGAUAAUUUAAAACCCGAAGGCGAUUUUGCCGUUCGUCCACGUGACGAUUACAUUCCAACACGUGCCGAACGUCGUGAAAUUGUACGACAUGAAGACAAUCUACGAAUGACUGGCGACUUCCAAGAUACUACAUCACAAAAAUCCACCUACACUGUCGUCAAAGGCGAAAAAGCCGAAAUCAAACGUCAUCAAGAUAAUUUACGAAUCGGUAACACGGAAACAAAAACAUCUCGUGAUUCCAAUGGAACGAGAUCUCGUCACACUGAAUCGUCCAUAACCCUUGGCGACGACACAACAAGAAAUUACAACACCUAUACAAAACGCUCAAGCAAGGAAAUAUCCACCAGUCAAAAAGAAUAUUCCGAUCAAAGAAGUAAUGUUAUUCGACCCUCAAGUAGACAGAGAGACGAUCGCUAUUCCGAUGACGAUUACAAUCGAAGAAUUCACAGUGAAAAAUUACUAAGAUCACAAGAGAAGCAUCAUCAUCUGGAAACAGAGAAACAUCACACGGAACGACAACAAUAUAGCACCACUCAUCAUCAGCAAGAGCAUACUAAACGCGAUUAUGUAAAUUCACAACAUAUGGAAUGUAAAUCCACCACAAACAAUCAAGCUCGUCAAUCAUCGAAAUUGACUCAACAGACAAUAGCAAGUCAGGCACGUUACAAUGCAAAUCAAGCAAACAGCAGUGAAUUCAAACAAACAAUGAGUGGUCAAAACGAUAAUCGACAUCAAGAAUCAUUGACAAAAACAACUCAUCAUCGAAAAAAUAUCAUAUCAUCAUCAUCGGCUGAUGUUUCAAAUGCUGUACUACAUCGUCGUGGUGUUAUAUCAUCAACCGAGGCACUACAUACAAUAUCAUCAACAGCCGCUGAUCAACGAAAGAGUUUAUCAAAUCUUGCCGAAAGUGGUCAAUUCAUCAGUAAUUCAUCGCAAAGUAGCGAUCGUAAAAGUCUCACAUCACUUCAUCGCAGCAAUAAAGAAGUAAAUCCCUGGGCAUCCUCAUCUUAUGAACGACCACAACGUAUCGUACGUCAGGAUAAUUUGACAGUUGGUGGGAAAUUUUAUUCACAAAGCGAAGGUCGCAGUUAUGGAAAUUUUUCGAAUCAAAAAGUAGAGCGAAUUCAAAAACAAUCAAAUGUAUCUCACAUUAGUUUGGGUGAUUCGUCAUCAUCAAGUGCAAUGAAUUCGAGUAUGUAUAAAAAGGAAUUUAUACCUAGAAAUCGAGGUCCAUGUCCAGUAGCACUUCUCGAGGCAAAGAAAGCUCCUUUUAAGCAUACACGCGAUACUCCAAAACACAAGUUUUACAUGCCCUUGAUUUCCAAUUAAAAAUUUCUCUCGCAUCCUUACACACAAUUGGCUGUGAACUACCAGCUGCGAUUUAGUUUUCAUUUCAAUUCCACCAACCGAUGCCUUAGAUAUUCUUGAUUUUAUAAAUUCAGGAGCAGCAUAUGUAUCUGAAAAGAAAAUGAUUGUAAAUCAAAAUAUAUAUAUAUUUAUUAAUAAUACUGUAAAGUGAAGAAAUCGAUUGUUUCUUAACUAAAAAUUAAAUCAGUAUUUAAUUUAAAUUAAAAAAUGUUCACAAAUUAUUAAAAUUUGAUUAUAAAAAAAAAAUUUAUAGAAAAUAUUCUAAUAAAGAUUUGAAUGUGAUUUAUUUAUUUCUUUUAAAAAAAGAAAAAAAAAUGACAAAAUAGUAAAAAUCAAGCGAUUUCUACUCUUUCUUGUUGAUAUAAGUACUAAACAAUAGCAUUAAGAAAUUUAUUGCCGCUCAUAAAAGUUUAUUGCCGUUUGAAUAUCACAGAUAUGAAAAUUUAUAUUAUACGAUUUACCUAACACGAUAAGUAAACACAAACAAAAUUAUUUAUUUUUGUUUACCGUAAAGAAAGAAAAAAAAGUUUGUCAACCUUAAUCGUUUUAAAAACGAUCUAAAAUAUUCGAGUUUUCUGGUAUUUUUUUUUUACAUGUUAAGCUGAGUAUGUUACGAAGCAAUAACUAGAGCUUGAACCCGUGAUAACUUCGAAAUCAAUCCAAUGAGGUAUUGAAUUCGAUUAAAUAUAUAUGCUUAGUAAUGUUUAGCAUUUUUCACAUACAUAAAAUCAAAAUUUUAUUUUACCUUUAUGAUUUUUUUAUGUUUAUUUUCACGUUAUUAAUUUUAUGCUUAGAUUUUUUUUAUACGCUUCAAUUAUUAUUAUUAUAAAAAUAUGUAUUUAUUUAUCUCACACAUUUAUUUGCCUGUUAUAAGAAUGCUAUAAUUAACCAGUUAUUUUUUCCUUUUUAUUGCGACUAAAUAAAUUGUUUUGUAACAAU